CCCCCCCCCCCCCCCCCCCCCCCCCUUUUUUUCCAUCUCUCCUCCUUCCUUCCCUAGAUUCGAUUUCCAGGAGCAGUCCAGGAUGGGCGGGGGAGGAGCGGCGAGCGCGGCGGCCGAUCGCGUCCUGAUCCAGGAAGCGGUCCCGGGGCCAAGCCCGAGCCGGCGGCUGCCGGACUUCCUCCAGAGCGUGAAUCUCAAGUAUGUGAAAUUGGGGUAUCAUUAUCUGAUCACCCACCUGGUGACCCUGUUGUUGAUUCCCUUGAUGGCGAUGAUCCUGGUGGAGGCCGGCCGGACCGACCCGGACGAUAUCCGGCAGCUCUGGGUCCAUCUCCAGUACAACUUGGUGAGCGUCCUCGUCUGCUCCGCAGUCCUGGUCUUCGGCAGCACCGUCUACAUCAUGACCCGGCCCCGCCCGGUGUACCUCGUCGACUACGCCUGCUACCGCCCCCCCGAACGCUUGCAGGUCCGCUUCCACAGCUUCAUGGAGCACUCCCGCCUCUCCGGCGAAUUCAACGAGGGCGCCCUCGAGUUCCAGCGCAGGAUCCUCGAGCGCUCCGGCCUCGGCGAGGAGACCUAUGUCCCCGAGGCCAUGCACUUCUUGCCGCCCCGUCCCUCCAUGGCCUACGCCCGCGAGGAGGCCGAGCAGGUCAUGUUCGGCGCCCUCGACGCCCUGUUCCGCAACACCGGCGUCAAGCCCAAGGACAUCAGCAUCCUCGUCGUCAAUUGCAGCCUCUUCAACCCCACCCCCUCCCUCUCCGCCAUGAUCGUCAACCACUACAAGCUCCGCAGCAACAUCAAGAGCUUCAACCUCGGCGGCAUGGGCUGCAGCGCCGGCGUCAUCGCUGUCGACCUCGCCCGCGACCUCCUCCAGGCCCACCGCAGCACCUACGCCGUCGUCGUCAGCACCGAGAACAUCACCCAGAACUGGUACUUCGGCAACCGCAAGUCCAUGCUCAUCCCCAACUGCCUCUUCCGCGUCGGCGCCGCCGCCGUGCUCCUCUCCAACCGCUCCUCCGACCGCCGCCGCUCCAAGUACAGGCUCGUCCACGUCGUGCGCACCCACCGCGGGGCCGACGACAGGGCCUUCCGCUGCGUGUACCAGGAGCAGGAUGACCGUGGCAAGGUCGGCGUCUCGCUCUCCAAGGAUCUCAUGGCGAUUGCUGGAGGGGCGCUCAAGACCAACAUCACCACGCUCGGCCCCCUGGUGCUCCCCAUCAGCGAGCAGCUCCUCUUCUUUGCCACCCUCGUCGCCAAGAAGCUCUUCAAUGCCAAGGUUAAGCCAUACAUCCCGGAUUUCAAGCUCGCGUUUGACCACUUCUGCAUCCAUGCAGGGGGCCGUGCUGUGAUCGAUGAGCUCGAAAAGAACCUGCAGCUCACGCCUGUCCAUGUGGAGCCCUCUCGGAUGACCCUGCACCGGUUCGGCAACACAUCCUCCAGCUCCAUUUGGUAUGAGCUCGCCUACAUCGAGGCCAGGCGGAUGCGGAGGGGCCACCGGGUGUGGCAGAUUGCUUUUGGGAGCGGCUUCAAGUGCAACAGCGCCGUGUGGCAGGCUCUUCGCAAUGUGAAGCCUUCUCCCAACAGCCCAUGGGAGGACUGCAUGGAUAGGUACCCUGUGCAGUUAGUUGAUGGUUUUCCUGCUUCACGGCCGCAGCAAUAAUGGUGGUUGUGUCUCUGACGAAAAUUAAGCUGAUUGAUUGUGGGGGUCUAGGAACACGAUUGGGUUAUUCUUCUCUUAGGUCUUGUCUUUCUGCUUUUAAUCUGUUACUUAAUGAUGGGAGUCAUAAGACGGUCUGUCUUUAGUGUAUCUGUGCAAGCACUUUAAAGUUCUGGAUUUCUGUUCUUGUACUUUAAUAGUGUGAAAGUUUUCAGGCACCAUGACCUCAUGUGCGUUAAGGUAAAAUGUCAUUGUAACUUACUCUUUAAAUUAUGACUAGCUCCUGGUUCCACAUGCUGCUUCGAUCUGUUUCUUCUUUCCCGCUUUUUUUGUUCUUCUCUAAGGAACUUUCUUUUCUUCAUGUUUGUGUUUAAGACCUCCAGUAAUAGUUUGGGUAUCAUCUACUUUUGUCUGAUAUAUUAUAUUAUUUUAUGAUGGUUGGAUUAACUGUCUCUGUUCCAGGUUAGAUUUUUUAUGCAUUUUUCUGUUCAAUACCAUUUUCCGUUCAUUACUAUGCAUGCUGGAGUUCUUUUUUAAUUAGGUAUUUUUGUCUUUGAGGUGUCAAUGCCUAAAACUUAGAUUUUGUCAAUGAUGGUUCCUUUAUUAAUCUGUGACAAACUUCUUUUCUUCACAAGAUGGUAUUUUAAUAUUUUCUGAAGUAAUUUUUUCUUAUGCAUUUUCUGGAGUUUGUCGAAUGGUUUGGCUGAGACUUAAUGUUGUAAGAUAACUUGAUGAAAUUGACAUGAAAUUACAUUAGGAAAGAACUUUGUCGGGGAAGCAAGAAUACUAUCUUUAUUUACGAGGCAACCUGAAUGCCUGCCAAGUUGUUAAUUUUUGCAAAACAGCUUCUGUUCCUUUCACCUCAAGAUUUUUCUUGAGUCAUUUCUUUGAAUGUUACUAGUGUUUUUUCUUCAUUGACUAUCUUUAAGACACUACCCGAUCCUGCACAUGCCAUCCAAUUAAAUUGGUUAAUUUUCUAUCUUUUUAAUAUAAUCUGCUUUCAAUUUUGAAAGAAAUUGAUGUUGAAAAAGGUGGAGGGUGUUGCUCAAAUUUUCAAUCAAGGUCCGCUGUACGGGUACUGGUCGGCGUAUCGGUGACGGCCCGUAUUGGUCCGUACUGGUACGACUGUCGUACCGGCUGGUUUUUCAAUGAAAAGCUCUCGGUACGAGAUCCCACGCUGAUUCGAUACAUGUCCCUGCCCGGAUCGGUUCGUACCGGCCCAGAUCGGCCGGUACGGCAUACCCUAUUCCCAAUGGAUUGCAGUUGCGCUUUGAGUAUACUAGCUGAUGUGAAUUCAAAAGAAUAAGCUUGUAUCGUAAAGUCUUUGCUGAUUCCUAGCUGAAUUAGUGUAUUUGUAAUCAUACCUAGCUUCUAUUAAUUUGACUAGAUGUUGGUGUAAACUCCAUGUCAUUUUUUAUGAAUUGAACCUUGACUUGGAAAGAGCUUAUGAUAAUAUCGAAUGGGGCUUCCUCUUUGAAGACUUGGUGAGUUGAAUUUAUCAUAAUAUCUAGAGAAGAAAUUUAAAAAUAGGAGCAUGAACCUGUAUCACUCUGUCACCUCAACACUCACAUCUGGCUCUAAAAACUGCAUCAUAUAUGUAUCUGACUUGGUGCUUAGAAGUUUCUUUGAUUGUUGCUUUUAGAGAUUGGUGGAGAGUUGAACUCUUCCAAUAAUGAGUUUGACCCUUUAUUUUCUUUUAGGCAUUGAAAUAACUUUGGAAAAUAUCAUUUUUCUCAUAUUCUUAAGUUAAUUGGGAUAUUUUAAUGCUGAAAGACCUUAACAAAUAAUAUAUUCUCAAUAUUUACUUUUUAUAUUUAAAUAAAUGUAAAAUUAAAGGUAUACAUAUGUAUAGUUUUGUUAAAUUAAAAUUAAUCAUAUAUUUCCGCAUAUCUUCUUUUGCCUUCCUACUGAGUCGAACACUUUUAGAUAUGCUCCCAAAUCUGAUUCUUGCAUCAAUGUCCAUGCAACAAUGAGUGUCAAAAAUAGUGCAUUUGUUAAUCAUUGGUAAGCUAGUUAAUUUGGUGUAGAGCUAUGUAUGAAAGAAUGGAUCCUAUCACCUUUUUUCUUAUCUCAAUGCUCGACAUCUAAUACCAAUGCUAAAAGUAUCUUUCAUUUGUUUUCCUUAAAGGUCUCCUGUUGCCAGUAGAUCAAACACUUAUAUCUUGUGGAUGAAACUUCAUUGAUGUAUAGUUUGGCAAGAUGUUUUUGUAAUUCUCUUUUUUUUUAAUUAAAAAAAAUGCAUAUAUAUAUUUUUGCUUCUGCCUGUAUAUUAUUGUGAUUACAUCUCUAAAGAACUAUAGUUGAUAAAGAAUAAACCUUGAUGUUGUUUCCUAUUUCAAUAAAUAGAUUGUUUGGCUAUUGCCUGAUUUGUUUUCAUUGUUUCUCUUGUUUUCAUAAGGUUUUCCCAUCUCAUUUUCUUGUGAAUAUGAUGAUUAUUUUUCUAUAGUCAUAAUCUUGUGAAGCUAAUCAAUCCUCUUUGUGCUCUUUCAGCAAGUUUUUGUUAUUAUCUCAGAAUUAAAGUAAAACUCCAUGACGUAUGAGAGAAUGAUCUCAAAAGAAAUGGAAGGAAUCAUGACCUUUGUUGUUUAGAUAAGUGUGACUGUGCUUCAAGUAGUGCACAAGAUGGAGGUUGUAUGACAGAAAAAUCAAACUAGUGCAGAGACUAGUGCACAAGGUAUAGCAGCUUGUACGGAUUAGAAAUUUGCUUUAAAGAGAUUAUGAUAAUAUUUAAUUAGAUUUCCUAGUUGUAAAUUCUUGUGAUAGAGGGAAUUGCUUGAUUGACCUUUGAGGUUAUAGAGAGUAAGGAAUCCAUUUCUGGCAUGCUUAACGUGCUACUUUGAUCAAAUUUCCCUGGUAUGGACCAUAACUACUUUAUAUACAUAUAUAUUUUGAAAAAUAAACAUUAUUUCUAAUUUUUUAUUAGAAAUUUGGAUUGCAGUCCGUCCCAUAUAUCUGUUGAUCAUUGGUUCUAAUAUGCAUUACAUAAAUAAAUUUGUCAUAUGAACUAACAUUACAUAAUUAUGAUUACAAGGUAGCAAUUGAAGCUCAUAACUAUGUUUACCUGUUAACUGCAGUGUACCUGUUAUGCAUUUAAUGUCAGUACUUUGGAAAUUUCAUUUACUAGUAUUACUGUGAAAAGCUCAUACAGUAUAAGUAACCUUAAUUUCUAGCCUUUUGGUUUGAUUUAGGAGGGCGCUUUUACAUGAGUAUCAUAUUUGCUAUAUAACACAGCCUCUAAUAUAGAAAUAAAACAAUCAAACUGGAAGUGCUUCAGAGUGUUUAGAAUAUAAAAAGGGAUGAGAUUUAUUGAGCAUAGGUUUAAUGUGGGGGAGCAAUAUACUUCACUGUGCCACUAAAUAUCAGUUAGACUAAAGAGAUACGCAUUAUUGUAAGCUGAGAUGUACUGCAACAAGUCAAUGCAAGUGGUGUAGAGGUAGACACACUUGUAUUAUAUAAGUACAUAAGACACAAUAUUGUAAAGACUAAAGACCAAAAUCUAGUCCUCAAUGGAGAGAUUAAAUGUCUAUAAAAUGAAGAAAGUGGAUGGAGAUCUUUAUGACAAUAUUAAAGAUCUGUAGUGUUUAAUGAUUUAUCAGCUGGAUGCCUCGAUGCUUAGAAGGUUGGAGGCUAGCGUCCUAGUUUCUUCGUAGUUUAUUUUGGCUCUUGAUAUUUAGUGGUCCACUUAAUGACAUCUGAUUCAAUUCUUGAGGCAUCAAUGCAGGUAUAUAUGGAUUGGAGAUGAUUCCUUGCAUUAUGUGGAAAACACUUUGAUCUCUUAUGACAAAAGAUAUUGCAGUAUAGGAUUUAAGUGGUAUGUCAUUUGAGAAUAGUCAUACAUUCAGUAACUGUUGUUGAAUUGGCUGAUUUAAUGGAGGUUGCAUAUGACUGAAGGUUGCAUAUAACUGAAGCAUUAUAAAGUAAAUCCUCUUAGAACAAUCCCCAAUGAAAACAAUGAACUGGUCUAUCUUAUUAAUUACAAGAGUGUUUUUAUUUUUAGGAGUCAAAUUUUGAGGGAUUCACCAUAUCUGGUAGAUAAAUUUUGGCCCUUCAGAGAAAUUGGCUUUACUUGGUAGUAAUCGUGAUAGUAUGCAAAAAACUGUUCGCUGGAAAUAAGUUUUACAACAGAAUGAGUUGGAAUGAGAAAACAUACUGCAAACUAUAUAUUUCAUUUUCUUUCUUUUAAGUUGUUUUUGAGCACAAUACUUGUCCAAUUUGAGUUCAUGCAUCCAUUGAUCCAAAAUAUUCUUAAAUAUAUUAGGCCUCCUGUUUACCUGCAACAAGUGCAGUUCCAAUUCCUUCUUUAUUCACCACUGAGGUUGCAUGGACCCCAGCCAUGUGGCACCCUCCCCCAAUAUGAGUGGAAACUGUGCAUUAGAUUAGCGUCACAUGAUUUUAAACUAAAAAAUGAGACAUGCAUGAUAAAAAUUUGAAAUAGAGGGGGAUAUGGGAGUAUUGUUUUAAUUAUCAUAUGUCAAAACCUUUUUUCCUCUCCUUUUUUAUUACUUUUGUAAUAUGAAGAUUUUGCUCGUGUCUAGUAAGAGAAGUCUUAUCUCUAUCAGCUUAAAAUAUUGUAAUGACUUGUUUUAAGCCAAACUAUUUGGUUUGCCUAUGCUGCACCCAUACCAUACUGAACUGGAUAAUAUGGGGCACACCGUACCAUACUGGUUUGGUUCGGUACACGGUAUGGGAAGGUGUACGCGAGUGUCGAUACGCCGAACUGGCCCCCGUAUUGAGAAUAUCGACAAUGACAGGUGGCACUGAUACAGGGUCUGGUACUGAGAUAGCGUACUUUAGUUUUGGCCUAAAUCUUUGUUAUGGUGCCCAAACAAAACCAAUUGACAAUCAAUUGUGCAAUGAAUCAAGCAGUACAAACUUUUAUCAUCCAAUUUUGGUAUCAUGAUUUUAUCUCUCCAUAUCAUAAAUAGUAGGAUCAGAGUUGCAAAGUGAUUUAUGAAAGGAUAGAUACCUGUUCCGGAUUACUUAUGUGACUGAAUUUACUGGGACAGUAUAGUUGACUGAUGAGCUUGAUGAGAGAUCAUACCGAUAUAGAGUUAUUAAAGCUGGAUGUAACAAGAGAAAGAUGAACUUAAAAACACUCAAGACUCUCUAACAGCAUAAAUUUUGAUUGAAGGGGGAUGCUCCUAUCUGAGCAUAGAGCAACUUCAGAAUCUUCACAUUUUUCUUGCUAUUGAAAAGAAGCUGCAGUGUUACUACCUUAAAAUGCAGUCUACAGAGCUGCAUAUGCACCCAUUAUGUGAAUGUGGUGUCGUGACUGCACCACAACGGAACAAUGCAGUCCCAAUAUGCGGCUAGGCUGCAUGGUGGAUUGUAAGUUAUAGCAUUUGCAUAAUAGAAAAGAAUAAAAUAAAUGGUGGAAGUAUAUUCUUAAUCCUAUCUAUUGUCAUCAAACUUAUGUAUUUUAAUAUUUUCUAAAUACUAAUUGGAUAUUUAUCCAUUUAUGCUGUUGUGUACUGAAUAUUCACUGUGUGGUGAGCCCAGCUUCGACAAUACCAUGGGCACUUUUUAAAGCUUAUUAGCUGCAUCUUGAGUUCAAACAACAAGGAUGGUACCCAAAGAAGUAAAAAAGGGAUGGAGGUGAGGUAGGAGCAUUACACGAUGCGAUGAUUAUGAGGGUAUACAAGGUGUAAAGUACCAUGGUAGCUGCACGUCAAAUUUAUGGCAUGCAUUUCAAGAUCACUGAUUGUUGGUGGAUUUGCAAAUACCCAUAUCAGAAUGUAGAUCUCGGACUUGACUGUAUGAACUAUGAACUUGACCAACCAGCACCAGAACAACUGAAUUCUGAAUAGUUUUUUUCAUCUUCCUCUUGUCAGUUGCUAGUAAAAUGGUAGGGCACCGUCCUGAAGCAACAAAUGCUGUGAGAGAGGUAAUAUUGUCGUUGUCUGUGUAUUUGUGGUAAUGAGCUUUUUUUCUAAUCAUACUUGUUAAUACCUUUAGAAAGGAAUUCUGGGAGGCACUUAGUUCUUUCAGUUUCGCAUCAACAAUCUCUGCAAGAUUGCUGAGUAUUCUAUCUUUAGUUAAUAACAUCACAAAUUUGUGAUAUCUUUAUGGCUGAGUAUUCUAUCUACAAUUUUCAAUAUUAUGCCUACAAUAUUUUUUGAUUUUUAUAUGUGCGCCAACUGCUAGCCAUAUCCUAUAUCUCUAGGAUUGUUCUGCUUGGAUACAGAUAUCUGAUGCAUGCUGACAACCAGAUAGAAUCGAUAACUGCUGGAUUAAACUUGAUUACUCUGAUGAAGAAAUUCGAUCUUACAUGAAGAAAUUCCAGAAUUCUGGUAGAACAAAAAAUAAAUAAUAUCUUAUAUUCAUUUCUCUAUUCACUAGAUUAUUGGCAAAUCAUAUGUAAGAAAUUCUAGGAAUAUAUUAUGAGUCAUAGAUGGAAUUUACCUAUGAUCCACUUGGAUUUUCUUCUUUGAUGCGCAUUAAACCGAAAAAAUCGAUAAUUUCUUGUUUUCAGUUUUUCUAUCUUUAAUCCCACUAGAUUAAUGGCAAAUCAUAUUUAAGAAAUUCUAGGAAUAUGGUUAUGAGAUAUAAAUGAAAUUUACUUAGGGUCCAUUUGGAUUUCAUUCUUCGGUGGACCAAAAGAAUAUAGUACAUGCUUCACAGAUGCAGUAAUCAUCUCAUUUCUUUUUCCUAGGCUGCAAAUGGAUUAAGUCCCAUCAAAAUCCUACCUAGACCACAGCCUAGUAAGAUCCGAUCCAACCCAACCUAACCCAUAUAAAAUCAUUGGUUGGGCCAGGUCCUGAUUUAGACUCCAUCUUCAUUUUUUGACCCCAUCCUGACUCAACCGGAUCUGAAUAACAUGUAGAGGUUAUGGGUUAGGUAGCUCCCAUAGCUAACCAGGCCCCACAAUACCCUGCCCAACCUUGUAUAUGUUUAGUUAGUCAAGUUCAAUGAGGAAAAUUAACAAAUGCUAUGUUGAAGUAGGCAUAAAGGCCAUUUAAUCAUUGUUAUCACUAGAGUGGCCUUUUCGUUAGGCCUUCGCAUAUCUGAGUUGGAUGCUCUGAAAUUAUCCUGUUUUUUAACAGUGAUCAAUAAUGUGGUGUUAAGCUAUAAUGCAGAAUAAUGGAUUUAACUUACGGAAGUUAUAAUGUACAUAUCUUUUUUUCUUGUUUUUUUAACCUACAUGAGAAUUGUAAUAAAACGUAAUUAUUGUUGCGAUACCUAGAAGAUCUUUGAUUCAAGGAUUCAAGUGCCAAUCAUAUCAUGCUGUGCAGUGUCAACAUAGUGUUGGCACCAAUAACACGUGCCCCUUCAUACCUUGUGAGGACAGGUCUAUAUGUCUUUAUACUGCUCAGUAUGGUGCCACUUCUUCUGCUUAUUUAUUUUAUUUUAGUUGUUGUUUUGGCAUGGCAUGGAACAAUACAUACUUUGCCAGCCACUAGUUGGCACACCCAGUUACAUCAGCACUUGAAUCUUUGAUUGGAUGUAAUUUAGUCUCCUAUUAUGUAGAUUGAGUUUCUUUUUUUUCUGUUUCACUUCCAGUUAAUUUGACAUCAUAUUUAGUUUUUGGAAAUUGCUUUCUGGCUCUUGUUUCAGUCGACACCUUAGUGAUCAACCUAUUGAUCAUAUAUUUACUUUCUAGUCCUUGUUUUCAUGUCAAUUUAUGUUUUAUCCCUGGACUAUGUACAAAAAAAGGUAAAAUGUGUAUAAAACAAGCACAAGUGAUAAAAAUAGGCAUAUCUGUGUUUAAUAUGUCUUAGUCUUGAGCAUAUAUAAAACAAAGCGCAAGCAUGUAAAGUAUAGUACCCACCACAUAUGGGUAAAUGAAACAUAGCCAGAGACUAAUCAUUUAAAUGGUAGUUAAACCAAGGGCUGGACAGUGAUCUGCUAUGCUUUGCAUCUUUUUUUAGGAAAGGUUGGGAUUUCUAUUUUCUUGUGAUUUUCAUUCUUAAUUUAGGGGCUAUUUUUUAUGGCGAUUUUUGUUUUCAGUUCAUUUUAAGUAGGAAUUUCAUUUAAAAGUUCAAGCUUGGGCCUAGGUUGGAUUAGGAAAAUUUUAAGUUCAUCAGGAUUGUAAUUUGAGGAUGGUCUGCUUCCCUAGAAUUAGAAUUUUUGCUAUGUCAGGAAAGUUUUUGGUUGCCCUUUCACUAUAUGGUGCACGGAAGGAGUCUGCAAGUGUCCUAGUUAAUUAUGGACUUAGGAGUCAUAUUUAGGGAAGUCAUGUGUGUAUUUAACUUUAUAAUGAGAAGAAGAGUUUUUUGUAAAUCAAUUUUGAGUAAACAUGAAUAAAUAGAUACUUUCUCUCUAUUAGGACUGUCACUUAGACAUGGAACUGACCUGGAUUUUGUUAAGACUUUUGGAAUGGGUAUGAGCCCAAAGAUGGACCGAAUGUUCAAGGUUGCCAGGUGGUCCGUAGCUAGCAUGGCCCGUGACUGCCUAGGUGGACUGACUACUUAUGUAGGCACUUGAUCCCUUUUUUUUGGAUAAGAAAAAAGAGUUUGGAAAAAUCAUAAAAGGCUAAAAAGCAUUUGGUGGGCUCUCAUUUUCCUUUCAUGCAUAUAGAUAACCAAAUAAGUCACUAUAGUAUAAAUAGGAGCUCAGACUAAUGAAGACAUAGGAAAGAUUGUGACAAGGAAAUCUGAAAAAAAAGGAGGAAAAGGACAACAAAGGCGAAAAAGAUGAAGAGGAGAAAUAGAGGGGAAGAAUAAAAGAAGAAAAGCAAGAAGAAAACUGGAAGCAUCUUUCAGAAGAUAAGGGGAAGAGGAGAACAAAAAGGCAAGCUAUCAAACGGCUGCCAGAGGUCUGCUGGCUGCCAGAGCACUUCCAAAGAGCAUCCAUUUGGGGGUGGAAGACUGCCAUUUGAGGGCUGUCCGCUUGCCCAGGUGUUGGCAGAGACGAUUGUGAGCAGUAGAUGAGGAUGAAUGAUUGCAAAGGGACAAAUAAUGUUAUUGUCACUUCCAAAUGAUUAUUAAUAAGUCAUCAGUCAUUAAUGAAAAUGAAGGCAUAACAUAAAUGAAGUUUUUGAGUGUGUAUAUAUAUGUUAUUGAUUGUCCUGGUUUUGGCUGUACUGAGGCAGACCCACGAAGUGCUUCAGAACAUGCCUAACCCUACCCAUAACAAUUUACUCAAUACAUUUUAAUAUGUGUAUCUUAUAUUGUUAUAAUAUACAUAUAUACAGUUUUAUUCAUACUAUUAAAUUAUCUCAUAUAAAUCUUCUAGAGUCAUGUUUUUUCGAUUAUAAUACAAAUAUUUACUCGUAUAUUAUUAGAGUAUCUCAUAAAGUAUCUUCUAAUGAAUCAUCUUUUUUUCUUCAUUUUCUGACUUUUGUCCAAAUGGAUUCGUUCAGUACUCAGGCCUACUUCUGAUCUGUACCCAAUGCAAUACCCUAGAUUUGACGUGUCGUACAAUUUCAUACCUACCCAGACCCGGACCAGGAGGCAACCUGAUUGGUGGAUUGGUAGGGUUUGGUACAAAAUUUAGGCUCUUAACACCCCUAUUGGAUCAAUGCCCAGAUUGGGUGAUAUCCCAACCCAAUAACACCGGUACUCUCUCAAGCAUUGUAACUCUUCUAGACUCUUCUCCACCCAGAUGUUCCUCUAGUCUCUAUUAUUUAUCUCAUACUAUCUCUUGUUCUGUUUUCUCCACUUUUCACCACCGCCCCUUCCCACCCACCUUGAAUCGCUCUUUCACUGAUGUUCUAAAGAGUAAAAUAUCAGAUUAAAUCAGAUUUCAAGGGUUAAUUUUGCAAUUUAAGCUAAAAUUUUGCAGUCUUAUUAUAUAACAGGCUGCAUUAAUAUUGUCCCUCAUAUUCUCUGAUCCAAACCCAACCCCGACCACAGAAUUAUGGGAAAGGACCUGGGUCUAGGGCAACCAAACUCUGCCCAUUAUCCUUAAUGGAUCAUAAAAAAAUGUAAUUUUCAAUCAAAUGGAGAAAAUUUAUAAGUGGAUCAGGUUGGAUCAACAUUUCUAGAUCGAAUUCAGAUGGGCUAGUUCUGGAUCUUCUGGACCCAACCCAAUUCGUUUGCAGCCCUAACUCUUUUCAAUACUAAAUGAUGAUUGUUUCGGAGAACUGUAUGGUUGUGGUAACUAUUGGUUGCCAAAUAGAUAACAUUUAUGUUGUAUUUAUUAUUAUUACAAACUCAUCUAUGCACAUACGUGCAUACACACACCUGAUCCAAUUACAUGUGGUUGUGUUCGUGGAUCCAAUUUUUUAAUUUCAAGGAGAAAAAAAAAAGAAACUUCAAAAUAUGUCUGACAUUGGCAUUAAUACGUGUCAAUAUUAGCAAAUGCAUUCGUACAUUUGUUUUUAGUGUUGGAGUAUACACUUCCAUUUAAAUCUUCAGUAAUGGAGUUGACAGAUUCGUGACAUUUGAUGUACACCAAGAUUGAUGCCCAAAGGCAGCAAACUUAUAAGGGCAUGGAAUUAAAGCAUCAUUUUUGGUUUCCAUGCAUGAAGAAGGAAACAGUGGUCUUCUACUAUUUAAAUAUGAAUUCUAUAUUAUGAUAAGGAAAAAAGUUGGUGGUCUAACAUUUGACUUCAUCGAGAACCAAAACUUUGAUGAACCUGGUUAUCCAUCUAGAUCAGAGUUUUUUUGGCAUCGACAAUGGAUGGAUGUUUUGAUGUAUCUACCAUAUAACAGAUUAGAUAACUCGGACUUGGGUGAUUUGCACAGAUGUGGUAUGAGUUUAGGAUGUUAGAGCAGAAGCCCUGAGAGGUAAAACCAGUGAAUGGUGUUGUUGGAGACAUUUUGAUGAGUUUAUCUACAUUGAUGGUUGACACCCAUCACAGAUACACCAUAACUCAUCCUCUUAAAGCUGCAGAAGAGGUUCCACUGGAUGAUGAUUGGACUUGGAUUUGCUAAAACAAGCAAAACAGAGUACUUCCCCAGUGAGGAAUGAUGAUGACGACAAUUAAUGUUACUGGAGUAUGGUAUGCGCAAUGCACUCGGUUGAAAAAAAUUGUGAACGGGAAGUGCAACAGACAGUAGAGAUGCUGAUAAGGUGAAGAAACUAAUAAGCGAUAAAGUAGUUGGACUGGGAAGCAUGAAGACAUUAGCAAUGUGAAGUGCGCCUCAGAAAUGUGGAGAUGCUGAUAAUGAAAGCACCUUACUUGUGCGAGUUCAGGAUUAUAGUAGAUGAGUAGAGGCAAGGUUAUGUAUUUAUAGUUUGAUUCUGGUGGCAUUAAUUGACUGAUAUCCAGCAAUUGCAGUCAAGCAGCCAGUUUUUGUCACCUUGGAGGCAAAAGUCACAGGUUGCAUAUGACCUUGAAAAAUAUGGUGGAUACAAUGAUAAUGUAGCCACAUUUAUAUGUCUUCAAGUAAUAAAUUCUAUGAUAUCCUGUUAUA